ACCAUGCGAUUUCGGGUCAUAAGGGUAUCGUCUAGAUAUGAAUUUUACUUUACCCAGUGUCUAAUGGUUAAAUGAUUUAGCGUGAAACUGACGUGUGUAGAAAUAUAUAGAUUUUAUAAACAUUAUAGGAUAAUUGAGGACUUGCUGCAUAAACAUGGCAAAUACAGCAAACCAACCAGCUUUACGUUUUAAAGACAAGGUUGCCAUAGUAACUGGUGGAGUACAAGGGAUAGGUCGAGGCUGUGUUGAUGUGUUUGUUGAACAAGGCGGAAAAGUAGCAGUAUUUGACAUCAAUGAUGAUGUCGGACAAGCCAUGAAGUCUGAUGGACCGGGGGAAAUCAUGUACUUUCACUGUGACAUGAGAAAAGAAGAAGAAGUUAAGAAUUGCGUGGAAGAAACCGUGAAGAAACUGGGUAAAAUAGACUGUCUUGUAAACAAUGUUGGUUGCUAUUAUGGUCAUAAAAGUAUCGACGAGAUAUCUGUACAAAACUUCCGGGACCUAUUGGAAGAUAAUUUAAUUAGUAAUUUUACUGCAAGCAAGUAUGCUCUCCCACAUCUACGAAAAACAAAGGGCUCAAUUGUUAACAUAUCAAGUAUCGGUGCCAAUGCUGCAUUCAAGAAUUCAACAACUUACUGCGCUACAAAAGGUGGCGUCAAAGCACUGACAAAAGCACUGGCUAUAGACGAGGCCAAGUAUGGAGUUAGGGUGAACUCUAUUGCUCCAGGGACUAUAGAAACCCCAUUACUACUCAAGAUUUUGCCGAAGGAGACUAUUGCAAAGCUGGAAAGUUGUCAUACUCUUCAAAGAAUAGGUAAACCCCGAGAGAUUGGACUUGCUUGCCUUUUCUUGGCUGUUGAUGCGACGUUUACUACGGGAGAGGAGCUGAUGUGUACAGGGGGGAGUGAAAUUGGAUACGGAAAUAAAAACACGGGACUACCCUGUUGAUUGAUGUUGUGACAUCUUCACUUAUCAAGGAAUCGUGAAAUCAGUAAUGUUGCUGUCAGAAACAUGAGCAAUCAGACUUACUUUAGACCUACUGACAAGUGCAUGUACAUGUACAAAUUUAUUUUUGAUCCCCCUGACAUAAAAAAAGAAAAGAAAAGAAAAAAAACCUGAACAAAAUUUAUAUCAUACAAGAAAAUUGCAUAUACAAAUAUAUAUUCAAAUAUUUGGUGUGUAAGUUAUAUAUGGAAUUUGGUUUUAUGGAUACAGUUUAACUCUUAUCAAUUAAUAAAUACUUCUUUCAAUGGAGACUCUGGUAAUUAUAUCUUAUUGAAAUUUGCUGACAUUUUCAAAACUUUGUUAUAUUUUUACGGAUUUGAUACUUUGGCAAAAGAACACAUAACUUGACUAAAAUUUGAAUUAUUCUGAUAUAUGCAUCAUUCUGAUAUGUCCUUGACCUUUUGAUUGACCUUGCUUCAAGGUCAAAUUAUUGAAAUUUGCUUAAAUUGUUAAA